UGUGAGGGGGGGCUCAGUCGAGUUUCUCACCUUGGCUGCCUCUCUGUCACCCCUCCUCUCUCUCUCUCUCUCUCUCUCUCUCUCUCUCUCUCAGUGCGCGUGUGUCAGUGUGUGUCUGUCUCAUGAACGGAACUGAUCGCUGCUGUAUAUCUGUGAGUUAAAUUCACCAACAGACAACGGGACUAAAUCACAAUCGAUCUGGAUUUAUUUUCCACACUCCCGCGCUUGAAUGAGGUUUAGAGGUUCAGACGGGAUUCAGAGAUUCAGAGCGCUCCAAACUGUGUUUCCUUCCCGGUCCAUGAGCGAUGCCAAGCAAAGCAACUCUUCACGAGUCUUCUUAGAAGGAAGAAAUUCCCACGACAUGAGGCGUGCGGAUCUCAUCAGAUUCCCCCCCGGCAGAUCAUAUGUGCGUGGACCUGCGGAUCGAAGCAUCAGGAGAGUUUGAGAGUAUCGAGUUUUAUACGUUCGGUGUCUGUCUGGAACAUGGCACAUAGGAUGUGGAAUGGACUGUGACCGCAGAUUCCUCCAGCAGUAGAGACGCACACUGCCAAGGGUUGAUCCCGGGAAAGUCGUCUAUCUACUGGACGUUUUCUGGCUGGGUCGUCGUUCCGAGAUAUCACACGUACGCCAGACUCCGCAAGUCUGAGGAGACGCUUCAACCAUAUUUGUUUAUUUGACUUCCCCCUCUCUACCCAUCCAUCUGGAUACGUUUCUCCCCAUCCCACAUUCAUCAUUCUCUCCCGUGACAUCAUGUGGAGUAUUCGGAACUUGCUUUCUUUGCUUACUGUGUUUCAAGCCUCUAGCCACAGUCCCAACCCAUUCACCGGGCCUCAAGUGACACCGACGGACCCCUGCUAUGACGAGACGGGUGCCGCCCGCCGAUGUAUCCCGGAGUUCAUCAAUGCAGCGUUCGGUCAGGAGGUCAGUGUGUCGAGCGUCUGCGGGCGGCCGGCGUCUCGCUCAUGCAGUUUAGUGGAACGUGACGACCGUCCCGCCGUGCGCACGUGCCAAGUCUGCGACGCAUCGGACCCUCGCCACGCGCACCCUCCCACCUACCUCACUGACCUAAACUCCGCCCACAACCUCACAUGCUGGCAAUCAGAGAACCUGCAGGGCUCACCGCUCAAUGUGACACUCACACUGUCGCUCGGGAAGAAGUUCGAAAUUACGUAUGUCAGCCUGCAGUUCUGUUCCCCACGUCCCGAAUCCCUGGCCAUCUAUAAGAGCAUGGACUAUGGCCGCACUUGGACCCCCUACCAAUUCUACUCGUCGCAGUGCCGUCGCAUGUACAACCGACCCAACAAAGCUGCAAUUACCAAGCAAAACGAGCAGGAAGCAUUAUGCACGGACGGACACACCGAUCUCUACCCACUUUCCGGCGGCCUUAUCGCUUUCAGCACGCUGGACGGACGCCCAUCGGGGAAGGACUUCGACUCGAGCCCUGUUCUACAGGACUGGGUGACGGUCACAGACAUUCGAGUGGUCUUCAGUCGCCCGCAGCACACCAGAGCGCUGCCCAUGUCGGGACGCGAGAGCGAAGACCCGCUCGGGCCUCCCGCUACGUAUUAUUACGCAGUUGGCGACUUCCAAGUGGGCGGGAGGUGUAAAUGUAACGGCCACGCCUCCAGGUGUGUGCGAGAGAAGGACGGAAAGCUGGUGUGUGAAUGCAAACACAAUACAGAGGGUCCGGAGUGUGACCGCUGCAAACCGUUUCACUACGACCGGCCCUGGCAGCGCGCCACUGCGAAAGAAGCCAACGAGUGUUUACCAUGUAACUGUAACCUGCAUGCUCGACGCUGUCGCUUUAACAUGGAGUUAUAUAAGCUCUCGGGCCGUAAGAGUGGAGGAGUGUGUAUGAACUGCAGACACAACACCGCCGGACGCCACUGCCAUUACUGCAAAGAGGGAUUCUACAGGGACAUGGCCAAACCCAUCACACACCGCCGAGCCUGCAAAGCAUGUGACUGCCAUCCGGUGGGAGCUGCAGGUAAAACGUGUAACCAGACGACGGGUCAGUGCCCAUGUAAAGACGGGGUGACUGGCAUCACCUGCAACCGCUGUGCAAAAGGGUAUCAGCAGAGCCGAUCACCCGUCGCCCCGUGCAUUAAAAUCCCUGUUAUAAAGCCGACGGCUGUGAUCAGCACUACAGAGGAGCCUGCAGAUUGUGACUCAUACUGUAAACCUCUGAAGGGAAAUCUCAAGAUAAACAUGAAGAAAUACUGCAAAAAGGACUACGCUGUCCAGGUCAGCGUGUUGGACAUGGAGACCGUCGGCGACUGGGCCAAAUUUGCCGUGAGUCUAGUGUCCGUGUACAAGAGCCGCGGAGAGCCGCUGAAGAGAGGCGAUCAAGUGCUGUGGGUCAACAUGAAGGAUCUGGCUUGCAAAUGUCCGCGAAUACACAUGGGCAAACGCUUCCUCAUCCUGGGCACUACUGAGGGUGCCAUGAGCCCCGAACGCCCGGGACUGCUGGCCGACAAAAACAGCCUGGUCAUUCAGUGGAGGGACAUUUGGACUCGACGACUGCGCAAGUUCCAGCGCAAAGAGAAGAAAGGCAAGUGCAGCAAAGCGUGAUGGGAUUGCAGGGAACUCUUUAUUAUUGACCACUGUCCUGCGUACGCGGGAGACUGCGAGACCGAACUCUGCGUGUUGUCGUCUGUACGUUUCCAGUGCGUUAUUUGAUAUGUCGUCCUGUUGGUCAGCCUUCUAAAGGGACCGUUAAAAAGACUGUUUCUAAUCACACACCACUGAAUCUCACACACACACACACAGUACACGGACUGAUUCCAUUUCCUCUCAAAGCCACAUUUUAAUCAAUCAAAUAUGAAAUACGUCCUCAAAUUACAAAUCAGCAGAACGAUUCUGACCGCAUCUGGUUCGGUUCUUCUUGUCUUUGUGGCCUUCAUCAGAUGGUCACACUGGUGUUCACCACAUGCUGCUCGCUUCAGUUCUGAAAACCUCAAAAACUUCAUCGUCAUCAUCAUCGGCCUGGGUCAUUUCACGUUUGAAGAACUUAUUAAGCCGUCUCAUAGCUGUGGGUUGUGUGCCGUACGUGUGGAUGUCUACUUUGAUACUGAAGGAUUUUCGUCUAGUGCAAAAAUGUCCAUUAACAGUCCUAUAGAAAGAAACAUACUCUGUGCAAGUAUGCAAACGCAAACAUGGUUUCAUUGGGAAUAUUGCUGAGUUACUGUAGCGGGAACACGUCUGUCAUUACAUUGAUGGUUCAGUCAAAAUUCACCCAAAGAUGAAUAUUGUCAUCAUUUACUCACACUAAUGUCUUUUGAAAAACCCAUUUUAUUCUAUUCUGUGGAACGCAAGAAGAAAAUUUCCCUCUUUUUCAUAUAAAUACUGUCUUUUAAAGUCUUUUUAAUGUUGUUUUUAAGACAAACCAUGUGCAAAUUCAUGUCAACACCAAUGUGGAGUAUUUUCUCAUGCCGACGGUGUUUAGCAUAUCAUUAACAGCGAACUAGCAGGGGAGUCUCUAGAGAAGCCAGGUUAUCCCGGUAUAUUUUUCUGUUGAUAUGAAAAAUUGUGUAGAUUUAGCAAUAUAUAUAGCGGGUGUAUGAUGUAUAUUAUGAUGUUAUGAUGACGUUUUGAGUUGUUCAAAGCAUUUGUAAGGAACUGAUUGUUAGAAGGCUGCUGUCUGUCUCUGACAUGGCGAACAGGAACAUUAGCAACACAUUAUUAGCUAUUUGAUAACAUAGUCAAGCAAAAGGCUAAUCAUAUUAAUUACCGUUAUGUGUCCGACGUUGUAAAGAGCCAUUGUGCAGCGUUUACCUCAGUAAGUUGACCAAGUGGAUCUCUGAGCUGCGUGAGCGAGCGUAGGCGGGGCUAAUUUGCAUAUUCAUAGAUUCGUGUAUGCUAAAUGAGGCAAGGGUGUAGAGUUACAUUCAAGCUAUUUUAAGGCAUGAAGAUUUUUUUUCACAGGAAAAUGUUUAAAUAUGUCAUUUUGGUGAGUUUUGAUGAGUUUUAAUGGAUACAAUUAUUGACUAAAGGGGGACUUUAAGCUCCACAAAAUGACAAAAAUCACUAUAAAAGUAAUCCAUAUGAUGUCUGAAUUAAAUAUGAGCACAAUUGAGAGACGUUUAUCAGUGAAUAAUGACUAAUUAAAGUCAUUAAAAAGACUUGGAUUAUAGUCCAUGAGUUGUAUGGACUGCUUUUGUGGUGGUUUAAUGGUUAUAUUUUUUUCUUGCUAGCCGUGAUCACUACUGUAUUUGAUUUUAUUCAAAAAUUUUCAUGGAAAAUACUAGCAUAUGAGUUCUAAAUGAUAUGAGGUGAGUAAAUAAUGAUUGAAUGUUCUUAUUUUGGGUGAAUUGCUUCUUUAAACCAGUUGUGUUAUAUUUAGGUAGCUAGAUUUAAACAUGUCAGCAGUUUAACUAAAGGUUGGAACACAUAAGACUUUUAAAAUAUGAACAGACUUUCAAGUCGUUCCAAACAUAACAAACUGUGAUGCAAUCAGCCUUCGAUGGAUUAAGACUCUGAAUUGGGACGCAGCUAAUGUGUGUUCUAAAAUCGACUCAAAAUAUCAAACAUGUUUGAUCUCCUCCAACUGGACGGAUUCAUAAUUCGAUGUCUGUACCCAUCGUACAGUAUGCGAUUUUCUGUGAAAUUUCCGACUUGCGUCGACUCCUCCAGACUGUAAACAAAACUGUAGUGUCUUCCAGCCUUGCACUGUAGUCCAUCUGAAAGAGAAAACUGACUGUAGAAGGCAUUUUAUGCUAAUGCAUUAUAGCGCCCCUUGUGGCAGUGACGAGAAUACCCUUCAUGAAUUGCAUUCUGGUACAUUUCUGAAUCUAAUGGCACGUGAGAGUGUUUGCAUACUUUUGUAGAGCAUGUUUCAGGGCUAAUGCUCUGUCCUAAUGUCUGUCACUCUUUCUCUUCUACUACUGAAUGUCUCUGUUUUUAUCUGCCGUCUGACCUUUUAAAAGACAAGACAAAGACGAGAAUAAUGACGUGUAUUGUUCUUGUUUGCAUCUCUUACUGUGAGAAAGUGUCAAACACACACUCAUACACACAUAUACAGUGGGGUCUUGAAGUCUGAGACCACUUGCUUUUUUAUUGUAAUUUCAAAUGCAUUAUCAGCAUAACAAUUUACAUUGAAAAUUUACAUUAAAGUUCCCCUUUUAUGCUAUUAUAAGGUUCCUAAUUUUGUUUUGGAGGUCUCUUUAAAAAAAAAAAAAACACUUUAAUUUGGAUUCACUCUCUCUAAACCCCUCCUUUCCAGGAGCCUGCUCUGCUCUGAUUGGUCCAACAUUUAAAUAUGUCAUUUUGGUGACCAAAGAUGAGUUUUAAUGGAUAAAAUUAUUGACUACAGGGGGACUUUAAGCUCCACAAAAUGACAAAAAUCACUAUAAAAGUAAUCCAUAUGAUGUCUGAAUUAAUUGAGCACAAUUGAGAGAAGUUUAUCAGUGAAUAAUGACUAAUUAACUCUGCUCUGAUUGGUCCAGUGGCUCAGUCUGUUGUGAUUGGUCGACCACUUACAGCACGUGUCAGAAAACAAACACCCAUUACCAUAUCUGAAUUUCAGCUCCUCCUCAGCACUUGAUACACAGUGAUACGAACAGUAACGAUGGCGUUGGUUUUACUGUAUCAAUUCCAGCUUGAGUCCUCAUCCUGUGAAAGUGGAUUUGCUUUCGUAGUGGAGAAAACCAGUCUCAGCUACAACUGCAGUGUUUGAGGGCGGGGCAAAGUAGACGUUGUUCACCAGCAGCCAAUGAAGACCAUACACUGGCAUUAUGCAAAUGUGUUACAAAUCUACGGAGGUUUGAGCAGUGACAGUCAGUUCAGAAUCGCUGCUUUCUUUUGAGAGACAAUAACUCCAUUUAUUUUUGAUCUUUGAAACUUAGCAGACACGACAUGAAAGUUAACACCUGAAAAAGCAUAACGGGGCACUUUAAUUUUAAAAUUUAGUGGUAUUUGGUGUGUCUCUCUGCAGCAGUUGACAUGAACAUUAUCUGACUAAUAAUGGCCACAAAUAUCAGUUUAUCACUAUUAAAACAGUGCCAAAAAAGUAAAUAUUUCUCCUAUAUUUUAUAUCAUAACUUAGCUUUUUAGGUUUUUUUUUUUUCACUCUCAAACUUUGGGACCUCAGUGUAUCUGCUAUGUCAAAUAACAGUAAUUUUACAGCAAAAUGAAGGAAUCACAGUAAAGGAUUAACUAUAGCUCAUUCAUAAAGUGUGUUUUACACUGUCUCUUUGCUGCAUUAAGAAGUAAACAACCCUUUUAUUGCAUAAAAAAA